AGCGCCGCGCGCGCCGCCGCCACCUCCGCUGCUCGGCCCGGUCCCGGAGCGGCGGGGCGGGGAGCCGAGGCCCGCGGCCGGCCGCAUGAAGGACUGCGAGUACCAGCAGAUAAGCCCCGGGGCCGCCCCGCCGCCCGCCUCCCCCGGGGCGCGUCGCCCCGGCCCCGCCGCGCCCCCUGCUCCAAGCCCCGGGCCCGCGCCUGGCGCCCCGCGCUGGAGCGGCAGCGGCAGCGGCAGCGGCAGCGGGAGCCUGGGCCGCCGGCCCCGGCGUAAGUGGGAGGUGUUCCCGGGCCGCAACCGCUUCUACUGCGGAGGCCGGCUCAUGCUGGCCGGCCACGGCGGCGUCUUCGCGCUCACGCUGCUGCUCAUCCUCAGCACCACCAUCCUCUUCUUCGUCUUCGACUGUCCCUACCUGGCCCGCACACUGACCCUGGCCAUCCCCAUCAUCGCUGCCAUCCUCUUCUUCUUCGUCAUGAGCUGUCUCCUGCAGACCAGUUUCACUGACCCUGGCAUCCUACCCCGGGCCACCAUCUGUGAGGCCGCUGCCCUGGAAAAGCAGAUCGAUAACACCGGCAGCUCCACAUACCGACCGCCCCCUCGGACUCGGGAGGUGAUGAUCAACGGACAGAUGGUGAAGCUCAAGUAUUGCUUCACCUGUAAGAUGUUUCGGCCACCCCGGACCUCACACUGCAGUGUCUGCGACAACUGUGUGGAGCGGUUUGACCAUCACUGCCCGUGGGUGGGCAACUGUGUGGGGAGACGGAAUUACCGGUUCUUUUAUGCGUUUAUUCUCUCCCUCUCCUUCCUGACGGCCUUUAUCUUCGCCUGCGUGGUCACCCACCUGACCCUGCUUUCUCAAGGAAGCAACUUCCUCUCUGCUCUAAAAAAGACCCCAGCAAGUGUGCUGGAGUUGGUCAUCUGCUUCUUCUCAAUCUGGUCCAUCCUGGGCCUCUCAGGGUUCCACACGUACCUCGUGGCCUCCAACCUGACAACUAAUGAAGACAUCAAAGGGUCUUGGUCCAGCAAGAGGGGUGGCGAGGCCUCUGUCAACCCCUACAGCCAUAAAAGUAUUAUCACCAACUGCUGUGCUGUGCUCUGUGGCCCAUUGCCUCCCAGCCUGAUUGACCGGCGAGGAUUCGUGCAGUCUGAUACCGUGUUGCCCUCGCCCAUCAGAAGUGAUGAGCCAGCCUGUGGAACCAAGCCAGACGCCACCAUGGACUUGGUGCCUCCUGAGUUCUUCCCUGCUAACUUUCCACCCUGGUCCCCAGUGAUCCCCAGUGAUUGCUCAGCAUGUUUGAGACAGAGGACACUUGUCAGGACUUUGCCAUCUCCUGCACAGCCUGAGGGGAGCUAACAGGCCUCUUUGCAGAGGGUUAGCUGGUAAGGCCACGUGUCACGUGUCAGCCAGCAGUGCCCGCUGCUCACCCCCUCACCAUCCCACCGUCAUCGCAUGCCUCACCAACCCCAUGGAGUCCAUCCAUCUGUUUGGUGUGUAGUGUGGCGUGCGUGCUGGCAAUGGCAGGUCCCCCUGCCCCAAACAAAAGGCUCUUAGUCUUGUCCCACCUCCCCCUUGGGUUAGGCUUCUUUAGAGGCUCUGUCCUUUCUAAAAGAAGGGGUGAGGCUGGGAAGAGUGGUCCAGCUGCUCUGGGGGACCCUCAGUGGGGCCACUAAAAUCUGCAUCCCGCUUCGCGUCCCUGCCAUGCUCUCGCCUGCCUGUUGUCUGCUGCCUGAGCUUUGGCCCUUUUCUGGGAGAGAGGCAGGUACGGCGGUAGCCCCUGACCCACUCGGGACCCUACAGGCUACCCAUUUCCACCUAUCUGCUAACCCUCUCUCUUCUCCUUCUUUGCCAUCCUGCCGGGAUCAUCCAGUAUGUGCGGGGGCUUAAGGAGCUCCUGAGAACCGCCACUCUCUGCCUCUCCAGGAGUGGCCUGGGGGGAGCCAGGCACCCGGCACCUCCACCUGCCUAACCUGUGGCCCAUCUGCCACCGUCUGUGCCUACAGGGUCCGUCUCGUCCCCCAGCCUGUCCUACUUGUGUGCUCUCUAGAGCCUCUUCACCAACAGUGGGCAGGUCGCUGGGCUCUAGUCCCGAACCCCAACUCCUUGCUGGCCAGAGUGUAGAAAGCCAUACUGCAGCCUCAGCACAAUACUGUAACACCGCUGAACCUUAUCCUCCCCUCCUCCCUCAUGCCCCUUCCCCAGACUUGUGAAGCCUGGAGCCUCUUUAGGAAUCUUGCCCUGCAGCCUGCCGCCAGUCAGCAGAGCCAUGGGCCAGCCUAGCAGGUUCCUUCAGGAGCUAUCUGGGUGUUGAUGACGCUGUUGAACAGGUCUGGCAACUGCUCUAAGCACAACGGGCUUGACACUGUUCCCACGCCCCCAUCCCCCCAGUAGGAUGUGGAGUGUGAGCCUGUAUCCUUGGCCCCAGGCACCAAGGGCUAGACAGCUCCAUGUUCUUCCAAGGACCCAAAGGGAGCCGGGUCAGACCUGGGGAGAUCAGCUUCAUCCAGCACAGGGGCUGCUCAUCUGCUGUCCACUACCUUUUGUAACAGAAAUAAAGACCUCCCCCCCUUGUCUUGCCAUAG